AUGAUAGCAGCGCCGGCAAGAAGCCGGCCCCUGGUCAUCGUCAUCGUUACGACGAUUGCAGUCCUCCUUCUCUACGCCCUCCUCACCGAGACGCAAUACGUCACGUCGGCACCAAAGCUCUCGUCGACGCUCGGCGACUUCCACCAGGGCUACGCGCCAGAUCCCAAUGCCUGGCUCGGCAGCACGACCGAGCCCAACACGAGAUUUACAUACAAGACAAGGAGCGGCUGGACCUUUGUCCCAGAGCGCGACGAGAGAAACCUGGGCCUGAGCGAGGAACAAUGCAAGGCUGCAUUUCCUCUGCAGUACUACGAGAUAGACCGUGCCCGCGAGUGGCACGCGGCCCGAGGUGGCAUCAAUGAGAGCCAGAUCGCUCUGUGGAGGACAGAGCCUGACAAGGCCCAUGGACAGCUUCGCCUGCUCAUUUACGAUGGCGAUCUGUAUGUUGUCGGCGAGAAACAGGGCGUCGUCGACCGCACGCGAUACCUGGACGGUGCCGCCAUGAUCUACCGUGCCAUCACCGCCAUUCCUGACCCGCGCGUCCUUCCCAACAUUGAGUUCACGCUCGACCGCAUGGACCAUCCCAACCCGGAGCCCGUGCGGCCAGGCCGUAUCGCCUGGGGCUGGACACGACACAGGUCCGACAACGACACAUGGGUCAUGCCCGAUUUCAACGGCUGGGCCUCGUCGUCAUGGGACACUGUGGGUGGAUAUCGCACCUUCCGGGAGAAGACGAAGAAGUUCCUCACGCCAUUUUCGGAGAAGACACAAAAGGCCCUGUGGAGAGGCCAGAUCAACGUGGGACAGAAGGUCAGCGUGGUGCGCAGCAAGCUCCUCGAGGCGGCCAAGAACAAGACCUGGAGCGACGUCGACCAGAUCCGCUGGGAAAACGGCAACAAGGGCGUGGUGGCCAUGGAGGAGCACUGCUCGUGGCAGUACCUCAUCCAUACCGAAGGAAACUCGUGGAGUGGCCGGCUGCGCAACCUUGUCAACUGCAACUCGGCCAUCAUCAUCCACACGCCACUCGAGUACACGGCCCAUUUCUACUCGGUCCUCAAGUCUGCUGGGCCAAGUCAGAAUUACAUUGCCGCCAAGAGCGACUGGUCAGACCUCGACGAGCUCAUGACCUACUACCUCGCGUACCCCGCCGAGGCGGCCAAGAUUGCCGACGAGACGAAACGCACCCUGCGCGACCGCUACAUGACGCCGGCGGCCGAGGCGUGCUACAUCCGGCAGAUGAUCCACGAGUGGGCCAAGGUCCAGAACUACGAGCCAGAGUUGUACAAGCUGACGGAGGACGGCAAGGAGCGGAUGCGCGGCAAGAGCUGGGAGCGCUUCGCGUUCCUGUCGCCGCCUCGUUUCGACAUACCGCCGCCGCCGAACGACUACUUCUUCAAGUCGGACAAGGUAGACUUUGAAGAUUGA